AUGCAUCGGUCGCCUGUGAUUUCGGCACUUUGUGUUGCUCUAGUGGUGCGCUUGGCAACGGGUGGUCCUCUGUUUUACGAAAGACCGCAGAUAUUGAACAAAGUGGAAUUUUCUGAUCUCGACGUCGAUGGCGAUCGCAUCGAUCCACUGAUCGAUGUGUCGGAGGAGGAGCAGCAGUUCCGCAAUAUCACAGUGAGCAACCUCACCGAUACGGUGGGUGACGCUGCAGGAGGAGAUCGAGUGGGGAGCACUACUACAACUGGCCAACAGACGCCUGCCCCUGAAAACGAUCAGACGACGAUCAAGGAGCUUGGAGCAACCGAUAAAGUGGACGUGAAUACGGAACGUGCGCCUGUCACCUCAACGUCUGCUCUGAUGCCAAAAGAAGAUACUACGACUGCGGAUAGUUCGGUAACCUCUGAUGCUGAACCAACCCUUCAUGGGCAUAGUACGGUCAAACCGGCGGUGACCGUUGAUGUGACGGUUGUGGAAUCAUCCGCUGAAACUUUAUCAACAGAAGUGUUUCUGGAAACCACGUUAACCACUGAAUCGAAAUAUAGGUCAAGUUCAACGAGUAUCGAGGCGAUUGAUACGAGCACAGCAUCCUUGCUGGAGGAAGUUGAAAACAGCACAAACCCAUUGACAGAGGAACCAACACAUCCUACAACUACUGUUCCUGAACUAGCACCACCAGCUAGGACUGAGAUCAACGAAGUCGAGUUUUCAUCGGAAGUAACCUUGGUUACUGUGCAGCCAGCUACCUUUGAGCUGACAACAGCGCCCUCUGAAGUGGAAAUUGUGGAAAGUUCUGAAAUAUCCGCAUCGAAUACCGCUGGUGGGGUUUACACUUCGACAAUACCUACGGUAACCACGACAGUUACUGAUGCCACUUCAGCGGAAGCAUUGGAAACGUUCGCGACGGAUUCCCCUUUGGUAGAUGGCACUGAAAUCAUUACUACAUCAUCAUCAUCAGAGGUUACUUUAGGUUCUAGCAAAACUACGGAAAAUACGAUAAUCUCGACUUCGGCGGAAAAUUCAAGCGAAAGUGACACAACAUCAAUUGAAGCUACGGAAACAACCAUAACUUCUUCUACUACAGAUGCCACUCAUUCAGUUAAAUUGCCAGAAGAAUCGUCGGUCGGAUCUACUGCGUCUGAAGCAAUUGAUAACACUGAAAGCACAGAUAUUACUAUAACGAAAUUGGCUAUCCCUGAAGGUAGCGCAAAUUCUGAAAACAGUUUAGAGCAAUCGUUAACCGCUUCUACCUCGAGAGAUGUAACUUAUGGUGACAAGGCGUCGGAUGAAACAACGGAAAUUAUCACAACCACUGCUACUAUCGCAGUUGGGACAAACGCAGUGAUAACCACAGAAACCUCGCAGGACAUUUUUACACCAGAAGAAGUAAGCGAUGAUGAUGAUCGCUCUACCGUAGAACCUGAUGCAAAUUCCACACGAACGCCAGAUACAGUGUCUGUCGCCUACACCACGAGCUUGGUUGAUACAGAAGAGAUCAGUACAUCCAUUUCUGCUACAGAGGAAAGUCCAGAGGCAGAAAAAACACUGGAAAAAUUGUCAACCGUCUCCACUCCGGCAGGUGGUGCAACUAUAGAAUUUGCGACAGCUUCUUUUACCACAGAACAUGAGGCAAGCUCCUCACAAACACCAGAAACAUCUUCUAUUAAUUCAACCGUGAGAUAUACAAGUGAUUAUACCACACAUUUGGUCGAAGCAACGGAAAACACUUCAACUACAUCCGCUAUAGAUUCAGGAAAAAUAGAGGAAAAUACGAUUACAGUCUCUACUACGGAAGAUGCUGUUGAUGGAGACUCAACAUUUGCGGAAACAACAACAAUUGCUACUACUGCUUCUGCCGCUGAACAGGAAACUAGCUCCCUACAAGCAUCGGAAAAUUCAUCCACCGCUUCCACCUCGGAAGAAGCAAGUGAGAGUGAUGCAAAAACGGAUAAACCAUCAGAAAACAGUACUGCAACUAUUACUACUGCCUCGGAAGAUGUUACAAGCCCAGCGCAAACAGUAGAAACGUUGUCUUCCACUACUGCGGAAGAUGAAAACGAUGGUGUAUCAAAAACAGAUGAAACAACUGAAACUACUGCAACGAUUUCUGCCGCAGAUGAUCCGAAAAAUGCUAGUGACGAGAGCACGAAACUGGCUGAAACUACAACAGAUAUUAUAACAACCGCUGUUGUCACAAAACAUGAUGAAAGUUCAACCGAACCGCUGAAUGAACAAUCUUCUGUCACUUCUACCUCAGGAGAUACGAGUGGUACUCAUAAUUUUUCGGCUGAAGCAACGGACAGUAGUGCAGCUACUGUAACAACAGAUGCUACUACUCAGUCGUCCGAAAUGGCGGAAGAUGUACUUACUACUACCACUACGACGGCGGAAGAUAGUAAUGAAAGUGAAACGAAGCUGGCAGGCAGAACUGAAAUCGCUAGCACAACUUUUAUCUCAGAUCCCACGACAAGCCCGGUCAACACGCUAGAAAUGUUCGCUACUACGUCAACUAUCGAAGGUACUAGCGAUAGUGCCAAAGAAUCAGCUGAAACGACGGAAACGAAGACUACCAACGGGUUUUCAGAAAGUACUAGUGAAGGAAACGCAGGCACGUCUCUCCAUUCCGAACACAUUACUUCGACAGUGGAAAGUACCACCAUAGUUGAUGGAGAACCUAUCACGUCAAGUGUAAUAUCAACGAUCACUGCGAGUGAAACUGAUCCGGUUGAAUCCACGAUGUCAGCAAACACCGAUGAAAAAACGAUCGUGACCGAACAGCUUGAGGAUGGGAACAGCGAUCAAGCUUGGACAACUGCCAAUGGCGUUUCACCCGAAACGACACGUGGUUUUCCGGAUUUGAACCGUUCGUUCUUGGGGCUGACCACGCCAGAAGUAAUCACAUCUGAAGAUCACGCUACGGAUGAGACAACCACACCGACUCAGGUUCUGGAGGUUGAUUUCGGCUCCAGUCCGGCUAGUGGUGCGCAAUCGACUCAUGAGACGUCAAGUUUCUUGCCCCCCACGGUGGAGUCUGUAAACUCUAAGGGGUCGGUUGAAGUUGUUGGCUUCGGAGGAAGCACAAACCUUCGCGGCAUCUCGGUGCCAGAAACGGAAAGUGAAACUACCACGAGUCCUUAUGAACAGGAGUCAGAUGUGACCGAAACUACUUCGAUCUCAAAUACUGAUGUAGGAAAUGAAAUCAGCAACGUAACGCGUGGUGAUAGUGAGGAACUGCUAACCACAGGUGGCUCGGAAAAUUUAAAUUAUUUCACUGCAACGACUGCAAGUGCAAAGACGACAGCAUCAGUUCCAAAGGAUAUUAGCGUGAAUGAAUUAGAAGAAAAUUUAGCGGACACAUCAUUGAAAUUAACGACAGUCAAUCCAUCGGAUGGAACUUCUGCGGAGUCGACUGUGGGCCAACAAAGUGAGGAAGUAACUACGGAAGAAACAUCACCACACAGUGAUGUGGAAAGUACAGAAAGGAUCGACCUUGAAAGUACCAAUUUACCGGAAGCUUAUAGUUUUACUGAAAACGUCACCGAUAGUGCGGCCGAUCGAGGGCUAUCCUCAAUUGAAACAACAGUCAGUUUCACCCAUCUACCAGAAAUUGCUUCUACUGUAGCGGAAGACAGUACGUUACAAACGGCCGCAACGAUUUUAGAAAAUGUUUCUGAAGUAUCCUCUUCAAAUCCGGAACCAACGGUAGAGCAGGGCAGCGAAACUUUGUCCACAAGAGUGAUCGAGGAAACGGACCCUACGGCUCCUUCUGUUUCAAGGAUUUCCAGCGAAAGCAGUGAGGAAGUAACGGAAAUACUUCUCAGCGACACAGUUCCAACACUUUUGCUACCAGCGUCAAGCAGCAGUGUACCUUCUGUUGAGGAAUAUUCGGCGGAGGUCCUUAAAGUAACGCAUACGACUGUGAAUCAUACACAUUCACCGACCGAGGCGUUAAGCACGACUUCAAACACUCAGGACGUCCAAGAAACCGACUCGAUUGAACUUGAGCUGGCCGCAGAUGAACCAACAGCAUCCGCUGAAGCAUCGAGUGAGGUCGUCGAAGAAUCGGUUACAAGUGCAUCCGAGCUUACGGAUGACACUCCACUGGCAACGGAGGUAACAGCACCAAUGCCCGAUCAUACGGCACACGAAGCAGAGAGUAGCGAAAGUGACGAGGACACGGCAUCAACGAAAGCUCCCAUCACAUUCACGAUUCUUGCGUUGGUCACCACCGAGCCGGCAGCAGAGGAAUCGAGCACAGAACGAAGGUUAACGGAAAGCUUAUCACCUGCUACCGUUGCGUCCGUGACGGAGGAUUCACCGCGCAUCGAUUCAGGGAACGACGAGGAGACGGAUCAGCAAGGCACGAUGGAAAGCCUUCCGGAAUGGACAGCUGCGGAGGAACCUUUUGCGCUGCAAACUGAGCCACAAUCGACGCAAGAUGCAUUGACGAUACCAGACUUGGACAGCGGGUCCCGGAGGUCGAUGGCGCAAACUUCACUGUGUAUCGCACUGUUAGCACAUGUUACACUGCUAUCCUUCGUCCUUUGA